AUGAACAACCAACAAGUACUAAAACAACAAAUGAACCAAAAAGGUUCGAAAGAGCAAAAUAGAAUGUUGACUCUAAAUAACAAUACAUCGAGAGGAAUUCGAGAUGUAGGCUACCAGGGAAAUAAUGGGAACCGUGAUAUGGGGAAAAUGAACUUAAAUAACAAUAUACAGAAUCAUAAUACAGGAAAUAACAAUACGUACAAUAAUUCAAGUAGCAUAAAUAAUAAUAAUUAUUCAUUAGGUUUAUAUAUUGAUAACCCACAAAAUGCAUUUGUAUUUGAUGAAAAUGACUUGCAAACUUUAUUUUCUCAUUAUAAAGGAGCAAAAAAUAUAAGGAUAUUAAGUGACAAGGCAGCUGCACAGAUAACUUUUAACGAUAAAAAUAUGAUACAACAGGUAAGAAAAGACAUAAAUGGGUUAACAAUUAAUGACAUAGGUACUAUUAGAUGUAUUAUAUUAAAUGAGGGUAAAGUUGUAGAGCAGUUUCUUCCAUUUUCAGCGAAUGACCCCGUGAUGAUGCAACAGAAAUCGGGUUCUUGUCAGAAUAGUGAAAAUGCAGUUGAUAUAUUAAAAAAGUUGGCUAACUUGUUGCAGCCGCAGGGAGGGAACAAUGCCACGGGGAAAAAUCUGGCCAGUUCUAUUGAAACGAUGAAAAAUGAUAACAUGGGAUUAAAUGAUAGCAUGGGCUUAAAUGAUAACAUGGGAUUAAAUGAUAACAUGGGAUUAAAUGCGAACAAGGGAUUAAAUGCGAACAUGGGAUUAAAUGAUAACAUGGGAUUAAGUGCAAACAUUGGCCUAAGUGCGAACAUGAGCACAAUCAUGAAUACCGGUACAAACGAGAAUACCAGCACAAACGCGAACAGCAGCACAAACGAAAAUACCUGUACAAGUACGAACAUGGGCAGAAAUGCGAGCCUGAACCUCAUGCAAGGGAAAAAUCAAAUGAAAAACAACACAAUAAAUCAUUCCAUUUAUAACAACACGAAUAAUAACUUUAAUCCAGUGCAUAUUAAUAAUAAUGAGAAAAAUGAAAACCCCUAUGCUAGCAAAAGGCUAAGCAGAAUUGAGUUAAUUGAUAUAUUUGGUUACCAAGCAGAAUUUGAUGUAAUGAAAAAAAUUUUAGGGAAAAAUAAUUCCAAUAUAACUUACAUAAAAGAACAAACAAAUAAUUCUGUAUCUAUUGAGAUAAAAGGAAAACCAAUUAAUGAAGCCCCAAUUGUUGAACGAAUGCAUGUGUCCCUAAUAUCAGACGAUUUAUCAGGAUAUAAAAAAGCUACUGAAUUAAUUGUAAAAUUAUUGAAUUCUAUUUUUGAAGAAUUUUAUGAUUUUUGUUAUGAAAACAAUUAUCAAAUCCCUGAAAAUUUAUCAUUUAAAAGACACGAAUACACAUAUAACCCCGAUGGAAGUACGAAAUAUAUGGGUUUCAAGGAUAAGUGGCACAUAAUGAAGGAUAGUUAUAAAAAUGAUUACGCCUUUAAAAAAAAUAAAAAUAUGCAAAAGAAUGAUAAGGACAAGAGAAUGCACAACAAUGCCUUUAAUGGGAACCCCAACGUUAAUGCUGGUUACAGCAACCAGAAUGCGACCCAGGGGGGGGACUUCAGUGAAAUGUAA